AUGACUAUUCACUGGAAGGAUAUUGCAUUUCACGAAGAGUUACUUCCUACCCCGUCGUCAAUGAGUGAAAUAGGAAGAAGCACUAGUCAAAAAAGAACUUUCGGACAAUCAUCAGCUAAAGAAAAUCCUGAUGCAAUUUCGGGAAGCAAACGUCCCAAAUAUGGAUCAGCACAGAAUGAUACGUCUAUCAGUCCUGUUCCUUCUAAUCCAGUCGAAAUUCUGUCUCCGAUAGAAGUUAAUUAUUCUUAUGAAAGUAAUCCUGCUGUCAAUGAUUCAGUCGCAUCGCGAAUAAAUUUCAUUGACUGUGAUGAGUUAGCAUCGUUGCUUACUUCAAGUUAUUCUUGCACUUUAUGUGUACCCUUAAUACUGGAUAUCAGAAGCCUAGCUGCUCAAGCUAAUUUGCGAAUUCAAACUGCAGUCGGUAUACCUUGUGAAUCACGUGUAAAGUUGCGACGUGCCUUACCAAUGUUGACUGAUUUUUUACGUGCAAGAAAACAGUGUUUCAAUACUCACAGUCAAAAGAAUUAUAAGCUCGAUUGCCGUCUAAUAAUUAUCUGUGCUGACUCUAGUGUUAACGAAUUCCCUGUACUAAAAGAUCUUCUUCAUUGUCUGGUUAAGCACCUUACGAAUGAUCAUGAUUUAGAUGUUCGAGUACUCAAAGGUGGCUUUCAAGAAUUCUGCAACGCUUAUGAACAUCUGUGUGAACAUCCACUGCAGAUAUCCCCAAAAGCUACUGAUGAUCUAAAUAAUUUAUCAAGAUCCAAAAAUACUGAAGGAGGAGAAGAAGAAGAAAAAUUUAAAUUUUCACUGAAUGUUUCAAUUGAAACUUCCAAGUGUACAAAACAAGUGGUGAAAUAUUCACAAUUAUUGUUACCUGGUUUGGGUAUUCCUGUAAACAUUAAAUCACCAAUAACAGAGAAAUCAGUACAACCGGUUAUAGAUAAACAGAUCAGUCGGUUCGAAUUUAUGAACAUCAAUAAGCAAAUAACAAAUCCUUUUACAAAUAAAUGGGGUUUAUCUCAAUUUUGUUUGAAUGAUAAUGAUCCAGGUGAUCCUAAAGCUAUUUUUCGUGCUCAAGCAAGUAGAAUAUUACCCUUUCUUUAUCUUGGUAAUGAAUCUGACAGUCAAAAUGAAACCAUUUUGAGAAAAUGUGGUAUUAAUUAUAUACUGAAUGUAACACUGACAACGCCAUUUCUUGAUGAAAGACGUUUUAAAUGUCAUCGCCUUCCUGCAACAGAUUCACAUUCACAGGAUCUACGACCGUAUUUUAAUACGGCAUUUCAAAUUAUUGAAGAAGUUCGUCGUUCAGGUAAAAGUGUACUUGUACACUGUCAAGCUGGUGUCUCUAGAUCUCCAGCAUUAAUUAUUGCCUAUUUAAUGGCGUAUUCAAGUAUGUCUUUACUAGAUGCCUAUCAAUUUGUCAAAACAAGACGUUCAGUGAUUGCACCGAAUUUUGCUUUCAUGGGACAAUUGUUUGAAUUUGAAUCUGACUUAACAUCUGGACGUUUCUUAAGACAGUCAAAUAUAUUAGAUCCUUUAUUAUAA